UUCCUCACCUUCCUCCAGCUCUGCAACUGGGUGGUGAAAGGAGGAAACGAGCAGCCAUGGACGUCACAGCUCACUUCGUGUUGGUUCCCCUCAUGGCGCAGGGCCACACCAUUCCUAUGGUCGACAUGGCCCAUCUCCUCGCCAGCCGCGGCGUUCACGUCACCUUCAUCACCACCCCCGCCAACGCCUCGCGGAUCGAGUCCGACAUCCAGCGCGCGAGGGGGUCCGGCAUCCCCAUCCAGUUCGUCUCCCUUCGCUUCCCAUGCGAGGAAUUCGGCUUGCCCCAGGGCUGCGAGAACCUCGACUGCGUGACGUCCAGAGAGCACGCCGUGGCCUUCCUGCAUGCUUGCCGGACGCUCCGCGGGCCGCUGACGUCGAUCCUCCGCCAGCAGAACCCGCCGCCGAGCUGCGUCAUCUCGGACACGAUGCAGUAUUGGACCGCCGACAUGGCUCGAGAGCUGGGCAUUCCGAGGCUCACGUUCAGCGGCUCCGGCGGUUUGUUCCACCUCUUCAGGCAUCUCUUCCUUCAGAACAAGUCCAAUGACAAGGUGAACAAUGGCGCAGAGUCGGUGGUCUUGCCUGGGUUUCCCCAUCACAUUGAGAUCGCAAGGGCCCUGAUUCCUGGGUCUCUUUUCAUUCCAGAGAUGGCAAAGUUCCGUGAGGAGAUGAUGGAGGAGGACUGCAGGUCCGAUGGUGUUGUAGUGAAUACUUUCAGUGACUUGGAAGCUCCGUGCAUCGAUCAGUAUCAGGAGGUCAUCGGGAAGAAGGUGUGGACGAUUGGUCCAAUGUUUCUGUGCAACAGAGAUGCCGCCUAUAUAGCCGCCAGAGGAAACAAAGCGUCCAUCGAUCAGGCGCAAUGCCUGCGCUGGCUCGACUCCAUGCAACCGAGCUCUGUGAUUUAUGUGAGCUUUGGCAGCCUCGCUCGCACCUCGCCUUCUCAAGUCAUCGAGAUAGGACUGGGCUUGGAGGCCUCAAACUGCCCCUUUCUGUGGGUGAUCAAAGCCGGGAACAGAUCCGCCGAGGUGGAGACAUGGCUAUCACAAGGGUUCGAGGAGAGGACAAGCUCGAGGGGCCUUAUCAUUCGAGGCUGGGCGCCUCAAGUGAUGAUCCUGUCGCAUCCGGCGAUCGGAGGAUUCAUGACGCACUGCGGCUGGAACUCGUUGUUGGAAGGCAUAGCUUUUGGCGUGCCGAUGAUAACAUGGCCACACUUCGCGGAACAGUUCCUCAACGAGAAGUUGAUAGUGGAGGUGCUGAGAACUGGAGUUGCCAUUGGAGUCAAGACCAUGACUCCUUGGCAAGUGGACAAAGAUGUGGUGCUGGUGAAGAAGGAUGACAUGGUCAGGGCCGUGUCUCGCUUGAUGGGAGAAGGGGAGGAAGGGGAAGCAAUGAGGAACAGGUCAAGGGAAUUGGGACACAAGGCGAGGGCGGCUGUGGAAGAAGGUGGCUCCUCGUGUGAGAACGUCACCCUCUUGAUACAACAGAUCAAAGCUAGCAUGAAGCUGGCCCAAUGAAUGAAUGGCUGUACUAAAUAGGUCGCUGUUGUUCAUUGCAGUCCGUCAACGUUGGUGGGGUCCGUGACUCUUUGGAACUCCUGUCAUUAGCAUUACACUUGUGGUA